UCUCUUUACUUUUAUCGUAGUAAUUAAAACACAGGGCUCUGUAUUUUUUUGCUAUUAGCAUUAAUUUCAUAGAAUUCUUCCUGAUUAGACAAAUAGAAAAUAAAAUGUUUUCUAUUUGCUAUGUUACGACGCCUACAAUGAAGGUAGCUUCGAGUCUUUCGAAAAUUCUCGUUCAGACGCAUCAGGUAGCUGCCUGUGUGAACAUUAUCCCUUCGGUUGUCUCGGUCUAUCAGUGGGAAGGAGAGCUGAAAGAAGAUACGGAAUGUCUCAUGAUGAUUAAGACACAAACCAGCUGUAUAAAAGAUGUUGUGAAUUUGGUGAAAACCAAUCACCCAUAUGAUUGUCCAGAAAUUAUCAGCAUACCGAUGGGAGAGGGUUAUGCACCGUAUUUAGACUGGAUAAGUCGGCAAACCUGUCCGAGUAGCGGUUAAUCCACUUGCUUUCAGUUGAACAGCGUACACCUUAUUAAGCUUUGCCACAGUUAAAGGAAUUUUAUCAGAUCGUUAGUUAUUUGGACGAAAUUUUCGGAAAGAAGUGGCUCAGAACACAUGCAUUAAGUGUUUACCAUUAGUUUUCAACGCAAUAACGGAAAUAAA